AUGUCUGAAGGAGUGCUGUGUACAUACUAUGUUUACGAUGACGUAUGUCUCUAUUUCCAGAAAGCAAAGCCUAAAAUAUCUGCGUCUCGCAGACUGUUCUUAAAGACCAAACUGCUAAAGAAGGCCAUGACAAUGCUGGAGAAGGACAAGCAAAUAAAAAAAGAUGAGCGAGAGAGGAUCCUUGCUGAGAGAGUCCCUGCACUUCAACUGUCAGGCCUAUCUCUUCAGGAUCUUCAGAAUCUUUGCAAAGAGCUUCAUCAGAAAAUAGACGUGGUUGAUGAAGAGCGGUAUGACAUUAAUGCUAAAGUGGUGAUUAAUGACAAGGAGAUACAGGACCUGUCUCAGAAGAUCUAUGAGCUAAAGGGUAAGAUGAAGAGACCAAACCUGAGGAGGGUGAGGGUGUCUGCUGACGCCAUGCUUGGGGCUCUGCUGGGUGCUAAGGUCAAGGAGUCUGUGGACUUCAAGGCCAACCUCAAGACUGUGAAGAAAGAGGAAGAGAAGAAAGAGGAAGUGACUGACUGGCGUAAGAACGUGGAAUCCAUGUCUGGUAUGGAGGGCAGGAAGAAGCUGUUUGAUGCCGGGCAGUAA